GCUUGAGCAGACCUUCAUCCUCACCAUCCGGGUUGAUUUCCGGUCACAGAGAAUCGAAGAUGGCGACUCACAUGUCGAGGUGUAGGACCUGGAGUCGUGUUCAGAGGUUUGGGAUCGCAGCUUACAGAAAGUACAGCAGUGGCGGCAGAUACCCAGAUAUCUCCCUCUCUACACCGCUGCCCGGGAUCCCCAAGCCAGUGUUUGCAUCUGUGGAUGGUCAGGAAAAAUACGAGACCAAGAUCACUACUCUAGAAAAUGGCCUCAGAGUGGCUUCCCAAAACAAGUUCGGGCAAUUCUGCACGGUUGGAAUUUUAGUAAACUCUGGAUCCAGAUAUGAAGCAAAGUACCCAAGUGGAAUAGCACAUUUCUUAGAGAAACUUGCCUUUUCUUCCACAGCUCAGUACGGGAGUAAAGAUGAAAUCCUGCUAACGCUGGAAAAACACGGAGGGAUAUGCGACUGCCAGACAUCAAGAGAUACCACCAUGUAUGCAGUGUCUGCUGAAGUGAAGGGCUUGGACACAGUGGUCAGUCUUCUCUCCGAUGCUGUACUACAGCCUCGCCUGCUGGACGAAGAGAUCGAGAUGACCAAAAUGGUGGUGCGCUUCGAGUUAGAAGACCUAAACAUGAGGCCGGACCCUGAACCUUUACUCACCGAGAUGAUCCACGCUGCCGCAUAUCGAGGCAACACGGUCGGACUGCCGCGCUUUUGCCCUGCAGAUAAUGUGGACACGAUCGACAAGAGGGUGCUUCACAGCUACCUGCGGAACUACUACUGUCCUGAGCGGAUGGUGCUGGCUGGAGUGGGCAUCGAGCACGAGCAGCUGGUUGAAUGUGCCAGGAAAUACCUGCUGGACGUGAAGCCAGCGUGGGGCACGGGCUCUGUGGCCAGCGUGGACAUGUCUGUAGCACAGUACACGGGCGGCAUUGUCAAGAUGGAGAAGGAUAUGUCAGAUGUGAGCCUUGGCCCCACCCCGAUCCCGGAGCUCACCCACAUCAUGAUCGGCCUGGAGACCUGCUCCUUCCUGGAGGACGACUUCAUCCCCUUCGCAGUGCUCAACAUGAUGAUGGGCGGAGGAGGCUCCUUUUCUGCAGGAGGACCCGGGAAAGGCAUGUUCACCCGCCUGUACCUGAACGUGCUCAACAGGCAUCACUGGAUGUACAACGCCACCUCCUACCAUCAUAGCUAUGAGGACAGCGGCCUGCUGUGUAUCCACGCUAGUGCAGACCCCAGACAGGUGCGGGAAAUGGUGGAAAUAAUAACCAGAGAGUUCAUUCAAAUGGCUGGAAACGCAGGAGAGAUGGAGCUAGAGAGGGCCAAGACUCAGCUCAAGUCCAUGUUGAUGAUGAACCUCGAGUCACGGCCGGUUAUUUUUGAAGACGUCGGUCGCCAGGUUCUGUCCACAGGAAAGAGAAAGCUGCCGCACGAACUGUGCGAGCUAAUAAGCAACGUGACAGGCAGUGAUAUUAAAAGAGUGACCACCAAGAUGCUGCGCAGUAAGCCCGCAGUAGCAGCUCUGGGAGACCUGACGGAGCUGCCCUCGUACGAACACAUCCAGGCCGCCCUGAGCAGCAAGGACGGACGUCUUCCCCGCAUGUAUCGUCUCUUCCGAUAGACUCCACCCCCCCCCAAAAUCAUCGUUCAGCCAGACUGAACUGGCAAACAUCACUGUAAAUAAAGUGGACUGGAAGAUUACACUAGUGCCCCCUCCCAACACAGAACUCAGCAGAGCUCACUCAGCGAGGGGGCUAAUCUCCGGGCUCUCAACUGCACCUUUGAGACUGGGGAGUAAGAAGAAAAGUAACAUUUUAUUCUCAAAUAGUCUACAUAUGGUUGGAGUGUAGGUAUUUAUUGUGUGUGGGCAGGAAGCCGUACGUCACUGUUUGCAGAUGGUUUGCAGGAGUUUGAUUUUAAAGGGACAAUUCACCCCGAGGCCGAAAGUUGAAGUGUUUCCCGUUUCAAAACCUCAGUACCAACCUGUUUGUAUGUUUUUACGCUGUGAAAUGAUCUUCGGGGUAAAUCAGCAUAGAGGCAAGAGAAGGGGGUGGCUAACACCCCCCCAGCAGUGUCAACGCUGUUACUUUUUAUUGAGCCUUUACUUUCCUCAGCUCUUGAGAAAUUCACCAAUCUCCACCCCAGACGUCCUCUUUUCCCAGAGCACAUGUAUAAAAACUUUGAAAAAUCUUACUGUUUAUUCAACAGCACUUCAUAAUCUCCCUAUACAGGCACAGGAGACAAAAUUCACAGCAAAAGUUAAGUGAUGAAAGAAAUAGCUGGAAAUCUUUGGAUCAGCGUGGACAACUUUACGUAACCAAUUUGUCCUCAAGACUGAAAUGCUGGCUUCUGUCAGCUUUGUCUCAGAUGUAAAGACACUGAAAUCUAAAGUGAAACCUCUUUUCUUUUUGUAAUUUUUUCUUUUUUUUUAGGUUGUGUCAUUGCCCUUGUAAAUUUCAAUAAACCUUGAGGGGAGAAAUUAAAGGAA